UAUUGACUAUGCAUCCUCUGGUUCAGAUUUUGCUCUUUCCGACCCAAUCCCUUACGUGUUCUGAUUUGUGAACGCGUUGCUGUACGCGACAUUGCUAAAUUCCUCCGCUACUGCAGGAGAGGCACACUGCACAUUGAAAAGGCGGAACCGCUAUAGACGAGCUUACCGUCUAGGAUACAUUGGUAUCAUACUGCUGUAUCGAUGAAUCCGUGUCGCUCGAUGCACAAUGGAGCUUGAAAGAAAUAACAGUAGCAGGCCUGCCGCUCGCCCCCUGCUUCCUGCAAUCGGCCGGCCCCGUACACCACCACCUGAACCCUCUUACAAGCGCCCGCGAGCUUUGGUGGCUUGCGAAACUUGUCGCAUCAAACGAACGAAGUGUACUGCUGAGCGACCCACCUGCGCACGUUGCAAAAGCCGCAAUUUGGAGUGUCAGUACGCUGUCGACAGUGACGAUGAGAGUCGCAGGAAAGCACUGAAAAAGAGAUAUGACUGGGCCGACAGCGAAAGAAAUCAGCUUCGAGAUCUGCUCAACCUGCUCACGACGCGCACCGAGUCUGAAGCCGACCAAAUAUACAGGCGUCUACGUUCCAAUGGCGAUCCCAUCCGAGUAUUGCAAUCAGUCAAACAAGCGUACCUCUUACUUCCCAACCCCGGUCCAGUCUCACAGCUUUCUUCCCAUCCGCAAGUGGAGAGACUUGACAGUGAAGCAUAUCAGUUGAGUCCUUUCAAGUUACGCUCGCGCCCUUGGACAGCUGUAGCUGACGAUGGCAUUGUUUCCGCUCUUAUCUCGUCCUUCUUUGCCUGGGACGGAUACUAUUUCCUUCCUUUCGUCGACCAAACAUGCUUCAUCAGGGAUAUGAGCAGCGGCGACAUUAAACGAGCCAGGUUCUGCUCGCCCUUUCUCGUGAAUGCAAUAUGCACUAUACAAUUCUAUUCAGACAAUGUCAAGGUUAUCCGAACCGUCACUGGGAAGGAUCUUUGUGAACUGUUCGAUGCGGAAGCCCGGAAGCACCUCGAGCAUGACAUGGAUACGCCAUCAUUGCCUACCGCGUUAGGCUCCAUCAUUAUGUUUAUGACUAGUGCCUACUUCGGGCGGGACCGAGCAGGUGCCAUAUAUCGACAUUUGGGAUACGACAUGCUUGAUCGCCUUUCAGUCUCUACGGCUAUCGUACAUAUGUCUGACCCAGAAGAGAAGAGGGCGUAUUGUAGGGCUGUGUGGGGUGCAUAUUGCUAUGAAAGCAUUAUUGCAGCAUUACAGAACAAGACGCCUGCUCUCCUGAUACCGACGGUUCCCCGACUGUUUCACGAGGAGUUUGAUCCAUCAGCGCAUGUUGAGAACGUAGAUCUUUUUGGCCAAACAUUUACCAGCGCUUCAUUUCGACCUCCGUUUGCGCCUGGGCUCCUAAACGCUGCCUGUGAUCUGAACAUACUACAAAAUGAGAUCACAAGAUACAACGAGGAUGCGCUCCAAUCAGAGGAGGAGGUCGAUCUGCCUACACGGAAAGCACUUUACAACAAGGUGUUGGCAUGGCGGAAGUCACUACCCGACCACUUAUUGAACGAGGUGAACCACACCCCCGGAACUAGUCUUUUAAGAGUACAUUACGAAGAAGUCGCCAUUUUCGCACUACGGUUCUUACAUCCAAUGACCGAUUUCAUUGACCACACAUCAGCGAACGAGCUCCGUGUCAUACACUGUCAGCGCAUUGUGGAAACAGUAGAGCGACACUUCCGUACCCACCUUCCAGGAGACUACUCGGCAAUGUUCUUGAAUGCGUUGUAUCAUGCCUGUAUAACGCUCAUACCAUCUUUGGAUGAAGUUAUCAGCCAAGAAAUAUUCACCAGGGCUGCUAUUGGGCUGCGUCGAGAGCCUCUGGAUCUGCCCGGCCUGGUAUUUGUUAUCCGCGGGAUCGAAGCGGUGAUUCGAGGCAUGAAGAAAAGAGUGCCCCCAGUGGCAAAGGCUGCGUUCGUUGCAACCAAGAUACCUGCCAACACCGGAGAUGUGCUCAUCGAGUAUGGGUUUCCGCCACAGCUAGAGUACGUUCAAAGGGAGUCUGAUGUUACAUCAGAUCACAAUGGUGAAACAAGGGGAAGGCUAGGUGCUUUGAUACAUAAGUGGAAUGCUCUGACGUUGUAAUGGACCAGACAUAUCACGAAAUACGUAGUCAUCGAUACAGGCUCUAUAGCAUGGAAGUGGCAUUGCUUAAGGUUUUGCCACAAGCCUGCGGCAGAGCAGAAAUCGAGACGAUAAC